CCUGUUUCACUCAAAGAUGGCGUCGGCUCUAGAACCCCUGCUCUGUGGCUGCAUUUUUUAGCCUUGUUGUUGUCUCCAUUACGCACGGUUUUUGGCACCUUCUCCACGGCGGUUGGACUCUGAAUUCCCGGGUUUGUCAGCUACUGAAGUGCAAUAGGCGUGAAGGUGAUCAGUCGUGGCUGCUCCCUGGGGUGAGAUAUCUGUUCCGUCCCAGAGCUGAGAAGCCCAGACUGCUCGAAGAGUAAAAGUCAGCGAGAAACGACAACGAGGAAACGUGGAUGCAAUCGUGUGGACUGUUAUAAUCUACAGAGUGCAUUGCCCUCAUCGUAAUCAUUGAAACACUAAUUUCAUGUCCUGGAUACCAUGAUCUACUUUUCCAACUUGCAUUGAGAAUCGGUGGCAGGAAACUAACCAGUCAGGUUUUAUUGUCUUUGUAAAGGUGUUUUGCAAAAAGAGAGAACACCAACAUUUCAGAGCACUUAUCACCAAGAUCUACUCUACCCUUCAUUGUGUGCUGUGGGAGUUUACGUGGCUAAUAGACCUGCAACUUCCUCCACUCCCCCUGCCUCUCGCCAGGGACCUUCACCUGGCUGGGAGUGGGUGGUGAGUGGACAGCAUUUUACCGGGUGGAGGGUUGGCUCGGGGGGUUUGUGCUAUGGUCAGCUGCUCAUCACCGUGUUGCUCAUACUCAGCCUCUGAGGGACUCUCUGUGCGACCCCAGGACAAGGGAUAGUACGCAGACAGAGGGCAAAGAGAAGGAGGAGGCGGCGCUACGGCGCAGGCCAGGAGUUUCCUUCGCUUACAGUUCCUUUUUUGUGUUUGGGUCAUUGCGGUGAGGCUUCAGGGCCCCUGCACACACCCUGACUGCAACCAUGGUGAAACUGGCCAAUCCAAUGUACACCCAAUGGAUCCUAGAGGCCAUAAAGAAAGUGAAAAAGCAGAAGCAGCGACCAUCCGAGGAGCGCAUUUGCAAUGCAGUCAACAUGUCCCAUGGUUUGGACCGCAAAACUGUUUUGGAGCAGUUGGAGCUUAGCGUCAAGGAUGGUACCAUCCUUAAGGUCACAAACAAAGGUCUCAACUCCUACAAGGACCCUGACAACCCUGGGCGAUUGGCCCUGCCCAAGCCCAAAGGUGGUGGCAGCUCUGGAGGAGGAGGAGGAGGAGGUGGAAGUGGAAGCAGCAGCAGCGGCGGCGGUGGUGGUGGUGGUGGUGGUUGUGGUGGUGGUGUUGGUGCUGGUGGUGGUGGUGGUAGUAGUAGUUCUCACUCCUAUUCGGGGAAGAAACCAGGACUCGACUGGAACAAGUUGAUCAAGCGAGCACUGGAGGGGCUCCAUGAGCCAGGCGGCUCCUGCUUAAAGAACAUUGAGCGCUUUCUCAAGUGCCAGGCUGAUGUGGCGGCCUACCUUUCAGGCAGUGGCUCCAUGGGGCCCGGCAUCUUCCACCAGCAGCUGAGGGUGGCCCUGAAGAGGGCAGUGGCCCAUGGACGCGUGGCCAAGCAGGGUCCUAUGUUCCAGCUCAUCAGCCGCAGCAGCUCCCUAGAUGACGGGACCGGGACGGUGUCUCUGGAGUCACUGGCUCCUGUCCGGUUGUUACCUCAUGAGAAAGACAAGCCGGUGGCCGAGCCCAUCCCUAUCUGCAGCUUCUGCUUAGGGACCAAGGAGCAGAACCGCGACAAGAGGCCGGAGGAGCUCAUCUCCUGCGCCGACUGUGGCAACAGUGGCCACCCGUCCUGUCUCAAGUUCUCCCCAGAGCUCACAGCACGAGUCAAGGCUCUGUGGUGGCAGUGCAUCGAAUGCAAGACUUGCAGCAGCUGUCAGGAUCAAGGCAAGAAUGCGGACAACAUGUUGUUUUGCGACUCCUGUGACCGGGGCUUCCACAUGGAGUGCUGCGAUCCUCCCCUCACGCGGAUGCCCAAAGGCAUGUGGAUUUGUCAAAUCUGCCAGCCCAGGAAAAAGGGAAAGAAGCUGUUACAUGAAAAGGCAGCACAAAUCAAACGGCGCUACAACGCACCGCUGGGCCGGCCCAAGAACAGGCCGGGCCGGCCCUUUAAGAAGCUCGGCGGGCGCGGUCGGAGGAAGCGCUCGGCCUCGGCAAACUCGUCCUCCAGCUCCUCCUGUGAGGGUUACCCUGGAGACGACCGGCUGCUGUUUUCGAUGCGGGACGACGACGACAUGUCGCAGGGCAGCCUGCGCUUCAACAACAAGACCAAGGGCCUCAUCGACGCCCUCACAAAGUUCUUCACCCCGUCGCCCGAGGGCCGCAAGGCACGGCAGGAAGUGGUGGACUAUUCACAGCAGUGCCGCAUCCGGAAGAAAGCGUGUCGCAAAGGAGAAGGAGACGACCGAGGAGACAAUCAGGAAGGCAGCGACUGGCGUGACGAGGAUGAGAAACUCCCCGGCCACGAGAACCUGACGGAAAAAGACAUCGAACUGUUCAGACACAUCCAGGAGCUCGCUCUGCAGAAAGUGGGAGUGACGGGGCCACCAGACCCUCAGAUGCGAUGUCCGUCAGUCAUCGAAUUUGGAAAGUUUGAAAUCCAGACGUGGUACUCAUCCCCCUACCCCCAGGAGUACAGCAGACUACCGAAGCUCUACCUGUGCGAGUUCUGCCUGCGCUACAUGAAGAGCCGCAGCAUCCUCUACCAGCACAUGAAGAAGUGCAGCUGGUUCCACCCGCCCGCCAACGAGAUCUACAGGAAGGACGACGUCUCUGUCUACGAGGUCGAUGGGAACGUGAGCACAAUCUACUGUCAGAACCUGUGUCUGCUGGCCAAGUUGUUCCUGGACCACAAGACCCUGUACUACGACGUGGAGCCCUUCCUGUUCUACGUCCUGACCCACAACGACAGCAAAGGCUGCCACCUCGUCGGAUAUUUCUCCAAGGAGAAGCACUGUCAACAGAAAUACAACGUGUCAUGCAUCAUGAUUCUUCCUCAGUACCAGCGCCAGGGCUACGGGCGCUUCCUCAUCGACUUCAGUUACUUAUUGUCAAAGCGUGAGGGUCAACCCGGCUCCCCAGAGAAGCCUCUGUCGGAUCUGGGCAGGCUGUCCUACAUGGCGUACUGGCGCAGCGUGGUGCUGGAGUGUCUCCACGAGGUCCGCGACCGGCAGAUCACCAUACGGCAGCUCAGCAAACUCACAGGGAUCUGCCCGCAGGACAUCACCACCACCUUGCACAGCCUCAACAUGCUGGAGCAGCGGGGGGACAGGCUGGUCCUGGUGCGGCGGGAGAAGCUGGUCUCGAACCACAUGAACCGCCUGAAGGCCCGGCCGCGGCAGAUGGACGUCGACCCCGACAGUCUACGCUGGACCCCCGUCAUCGUCACCAACACGGUGGUGUCUGACGGAGACGACGACGAUGAGGACGAGGAGGAGGAGGAGGAGGAAGAGCCAGAGGAGGACAAACGCAAAGAGAUCAAACCCAGUCACAAGGUCCCCCCCCUGUCCUGGCACAUGCGGCAGGCGAAGAAGAGGCUGGAGGAGGACGAAGACGAGGAGGAGGAAGAGGAAAGAAAAGGCUUCCCGGGGUUUCCUCUCAGCCAAAGCUCUCCGCCCUCUCCUCCACCCCGCUGUCCGCCCUCUGCGCCAGAGCAGCUACGCCCGUCUCCCCCAGCCAACGGAGAGCGGAGACCACGGGGGCGCCCGCCAAAGAACUGGCCCUGGGGUAAGGUGAAGGACAGCCCGCGGGCAGGACGGCCUCCUAAGAUCCGCCCGGUGGAGGAUGAAGACGACGAUGAAGACGAGGAGAGGACGGAGGGAGGGAAACAUCCCGGCUCUGCCAGCAGCCCUCCCUCCCUUUUCUCCCUGGACAGACAGGAGUCCACCACCUUUCACUCGCUGGACAUGGCCCGGCACCCCUCCAUAACCCCCACACGCAGAGGGCGGCCCCCAAGGAAAAAGAGGGGCCCUAAGCCCAGACUAAUAGACGGGCCUGAAGGGCUGCUUCCUAUGGGGGCCGUCAGGAAGAGCAGCUUCAGCGAGAGCAGUGAAGAUGAGGAGGAGGAUGAAGACGAGGAUGAAGAUGAUGAUGAUGAUGAUGAGAGGAGGGCGUGCUCCCCCCCCACUCUCACCAAGCCCACCAUGUCGCUCAAAUGCAAGAAGCCACUGAGGAAGCGUCGUUUUCGGCAGCGCAGCCACCCUCACAGCAGCGUGGUGACGGAGACCAUCUCUGAGACCACCGAGGUGUUGGACGAGCCCUUCAUCGACUCCGACUCGGAGAGGCCGAUGCCCCGGCUGGAGGAGGAGACGCCGCUCGGACACCAGCUGCACCGAUACCCCCCCAGCCGCUCCGCCCUGAGGCUUUCCGACCCCGCACCCAAGAGGGGCCGACACUCCCACCUCACAGACUCAGAGGAAGAUGAGCUGACGCCAGUGCUGAAGCCUGUGGCCGCUGCAAGCCGCUCCAUCCGAGACGCUGUUGGUCAACCCCGAGGUCCGGUGAAGAAGAAGAAAGGCUGGCCCAAAGGAAAGAGCCGCAAACCGCUGCAGUGGAAGAAACAAGGGCCGAAAAAACCCCCCGCAGCUGGAGAAGGACUGGCCCAGAGCGGAGAUCCGCCACCUCCCAAAAUCAAGAUGAAGCCUGGCAAGCCCCGGAGCUGGUACCUGCAGCGGGCCCAGGAGGCGCAGAGGCAGGAGCAGGAGAGGCAGAGGCUGGGUCCGGAGCUGGAAAAGGAGCCUCAGCUGCUGAAGAGCAGAACUGACAGCAAGCAGAAGGACUCGGAUGACGAGGAGGACUACCUUCCCAAGCCUGUGGAGCAAAAAGUGCCCAGGAAGAGAGGAAGACCACCCAAGAUUCGCUGCCAGCCUCCACAGCCCGCCCCCAAACCGCUUCCCACCUCCGAGCCAGAGGAGGAAGAGGACGAGGAGGAAGAGGAGGAGACUGAACCAACCUGGGAGGAAGACAAACCCAGCUGUCCUCCCUCCCGCCCCCUGCUGUCCCCGUCAUCCUCCUCUUCCACAUCAGGGCCCCGGGCACCACAGUCCCGGCCUCAGGAUGCAGACAUGGCCGACAGGGAGGAGGAUGAUGACGAAGAGGAGCGGGAGGAAGAGGAAUGCGGGAGCACAGCCAGCGGCAGCGUGAGCAGACGACCCGCCGUCACCCCGGGGUCAGGGAGCAGACGCAGCGAGGACCACGACGCAGACGAUGAAGGGGACGGACACCUGGAGGACAAGAGCAACGGCAGCAGCAGCAAGAAGAGGAAGAGUCAGGACUCUGAAGAAGAGGAGGAGGAUGAAGACGAGGAGGAGGAGCCGGCUUCCCGUGCCAGCUCCCCGCCGGUCAAAGAGGAGCCCCAAGGCGGAGAGGCUUUUUUAGACAUGGAGAACAGCGUGGCCCGCGACUAUGUCAGCAAGCAGGAGGAGGAAGAAGAGGAGGAGGAGGAGGAGGAGGAGGCUGAGGAGGAAGGGCAGGAGGUCAAGACUCGGCCCUCAUCAGCCGACCCGCAGCAGGAGGAGCGUCGACGCCGAGAGCAGGAGGAGUCGGCAGCAGCGGCCGCAGCCGUGGAGACCGUCACAGCUUUGUCGGACCCCGCCGAGCCCAUGGAGCUGCAGCCGCUGCACCCGGAGGACAAAGACGCGCUGCUGAUGGAGCCCCAACACCCCCACCCGCACUCCCACCCCACCCAGCACUCCGACUUCAAAGAGGAGCUGGGCCACCAUCACCAACACCACCCCCACCACCACUCCAACGAGCUGGACCUGGAGACCAUGCAGGCCGUGCAGUCCCUGACGCAGGGGGAGGCACAGGACGAGGAGGCGGAGCCACAGCCGCACCACGGGGCCUACCAGGACUGUGAGGAGACCCUGGCCGCCUGCCGGACCCUGCAGAGCUACAGCCACGCGGGGGAGGCGGAGGAAGAGGCUCUGGCGUUGGUGGAAGACUGCGGGCCGUCCCAGCACAGCAGCCCGCUCCCUAACCCUCCCGCGCCGCCGCUGCCCAGUCAGUCUGUGCGCUCUGUGAACAGCCCGGGGUUGACCUCCGGGAUCAUGGACGCGACUCCCACCGGGCCGAGGGGAGGCACCCCCGGCCCCACCGGGGGCGGAGCAGGGGGAGCCGGAGGAGGCUAUAACCAGAUCACGCCGGAGCACCCCAGCUCUCUGUCGGCCCCCUCCCAGCAGAACAUGGAGACUUCGCCGAUGAUGGACGUGCCCUCGGUGUCGGACCACUCUCAGCAGGUGGUGGACAGCGGCUUCAGCGACCUGGGCAGCAUCGAGAGCACGACGGAGAACUACGACAACCCCAGCAGCUACGACUCCUCCAUGGGCGGGACGGGGGGCGGAGGGGGGAUGUCGGCCGUAGUCGGAGGAGCUUCCACAGCUUCCUCGACGUCGGCCUCCUCUUCUUCCAACUCGGCGACCCCGUCCUCCUCACAGUCCAACAUCUGCUCCUUCGCCCCCGCCACCAGCCUCACCUCCUCCACAGGAGGCGGGGGGGCCCAGCAUGGGAUGGGCAGCUGCAGCCUCAUCCAGCAGACCGGGCCCAACAGUGGACCUGGAGCCGGUAGUGUGGGCGGUGCCGUGCCGCAGCCCCCGCCUCCUCCACCACCGUCCAACACCCCCAACUGCGGCAUUAAGUCUCCUCAGAGCUGUGUGAUCGAACGCCCCCCCAGCACCAACCACCAGCAGCAGAAGAAGGUUUCUCAGCAGCAGCAAGCCCCCAACCCCCCACCGUCCGCUCCAACACCACAACAACAACAGCAGCAGCAACAGCAGCAGCAACAACAACAGCAGCAGCAACAACAACAACAACAGCAUCAACAGCAACAGCAGCAACAUCAACAACAGCAACAACAACAGCAGCAGCAGCAGCAAGCCCUGUCUCAGUGCAGCAUGGGCAAUGGCUUUGCCUCCACCCCCAUGAUCAUGGAAAUCCCUGAGAGCGGAGGCGGGGGCGGGGGCCGCACCCUGUAUGAGCGCAUGGGUCAGGACUUUGGCACGGGGGGGUACCCCCAGCCCUCCGCCACCUUCAGCCUGGCCAAACUGCAGCAGCUCACCAACACCAUCAUGGACCCCCACGCCAUGCCCUACUCUCACUCGGCCUCCGUCACCUCAUACGCCACUAGCGUGUCCCUCUCCAACCCCGGGCUGGCCCCGUCCCCCCACGCCCCUCUCUCUCAGGGCCAGCCCACCAUGACGCCCCCCCCUAACCUCAGCUCCGGCUCCAUGAACCUGGGCUCGCUGCAGCUUCAGUGCAACAUGCCCACGGCCAACCUGGGGCUGGGGCCCCCGCCGCACACGCAGCGGCUGCAGGGCCAGAUGGCAACCGUCAAGGGCCACAUCUCCAUCCGCUCCAAAGCCACGCAGCAGCUGGCCCCAGCCCCCCACCAGCAGCAGCUGUACGGCCGCAGCUCGGGGCCCGUGGCCAUGCAGGGCACGCCGCGCACCCUGGCCGUGCAGCGCGGCAUGAUGCCCAACCUCAUGCCCACGCCAGCGGCGUACAACUCCAUGAACAUGCCGCUGAACGCCAUGUCGGCCGGGUACCGGAUGCCCCAGCCCAUGAUGAACAGCGGCUACCACGGCAACCCCCCUUACAUGAACCAGCCGGCGCAGUACCCCAUGCAGAUGCAGAUGGGCAUGAUGGGCGGGCAGGGAUACCCGCAGCAGCCCAUGCAGCCCAAUCACCAUGGCAACAUGAUGUAUACAGGCCCCACCCACCACAGCUACGCCGGCGUCCCCAAACAGUCGCCGUACAUGAGCAGAUGAGCAGCAGAGAAGUGGGGAACAUGAUGCUCGCUGAACUCUACAUGUCCAAAUUUCUCCUGUUCCCCUCUCCGGGGCCCCUGCAGGCGCCGGGGGGGAGGAGGUGACGGAGACACAGAGGGUCUUUGGGUUUCCUGUUAUUCUACGUUGUCAUUUUGUCCAUUUUUGUUUGGGCUCCCCUCCCCCUCCUAGCAAGCAAGUGGCUUGGGCUCCCGGUUCAGUGGGGUGUGUGUACAUGGACCUUCUGCUGCAGGCCCACACACUCCUCUGUCAUGUGAAUUUAACACAGGCUCAGGAGAGCAGGGGGGGGGGGCAGGAAGAAACACGAAGAAAGACAAUACAGGAGAACCUUGCCUCUUCAGACUGCGAAUGAAAAACAGUGGUUUACUGAAUAUAUCCAACCAUGCACACUCUUUUAAUUGAUAUAGGAAGCCUUACCUUGGAAAAAAAGAGACUUUGUAGGCGGAUCGUUUGUUUUGUUAAACAUAUUGUUGAAUCUUAUUUUCGUUGUCGUUGUUUUCGUUGUUUUUUGAAAUACUCGUGUGCAGUCCGACCUCUUAUAUGCUUUGGUCUUUAUAUGUGUGGCAUUCUGAAAACGGUGAUACACACCCUCUCGCUCUCAGAAACCCCCGAAACAUCUCUGCCAGACGGCUUUUCACCCGGUUCCAGAUGGAGCAUCGGAGCGGGGCCUCCAGGUGUGCGAGGUGUCGAGCUGUUCCCAGAGUCUUCCCGGAUCCAUCUUGUUCUACCAAAAAAAAAAAAACGACAGCAAGGACACGGAGGAGACACACGUUACUGUCUGCUCAACGAAACAAGUAGCAUUAUUUUCCAGUUUGCCGCCACUCUUAGAUGUAAAUAUUCUGGUACUUCCCAAUAUCCAGCACACACACACACACACACACACACACACACACACACACACACACACACACACGCUGGCUAGCUAGCUGUCGCUAAUUGGUAGCUAGCUCAGGAAAGUAAAACAUUCAGCUGUUCUUGUUCACACUCCACUGACAGACGGCGUCACAUGUCAGCCUUUUUUAGCAGUUUACAGAACAAACGGUGGGGGUUUCCAUUGAACUGCUUCUCAGCUGAAAGUGUUAGCGACCCGGAGAGGUCUGUUUCUCAAUGGUGUAUUCUGUUAAAACUGUAUAUUUUUCGUAUUUUUUUUCUGCAAAAGUCUGCACUCCCAUUAGCUAGACAUAUGGCGGGACAGUCGGCCUUUCUAAAAGGUGCCUAAAGCCUGAUCUAGUGCGCGGUUGGGCCCUCGCGUAGAGGCACGCUCGUGUAAAGCAGGGUCGGAGGAAGUGUUGGAGGUUCUGAUGGUUGACUCCAUGUACCAGUAUUCAAAGUCAAAAGAGGAGAUUUUCCUUUUCCUUACAGACCUGGCAUUGCAUACUUUAUUUGUGUGUAUUGUUCUGUUCUGUUCUUUAUUUUUGUGUUACUUUUUUGUUUCUGAAUUUUAUCAGACUGGGCAGCUUUCUUUUAUGACACGAGCUGACUCUUUUUGACUUUAGAAAAACCUAUUGUAGAGAAAAUGUUUUUCUAUAAUAUAAAAAGGAAACUCUGACAUUGAUAUUGGUACUGUCAUUUUUUUCACUUCUGUUUCAGGAAAAAAAAACAAUACAUAUUUUUUAGCUCGCCUCUUGGGUAAUGAUUACUAAGAAAUUCAAAAUUUAAAAAAAUUACCACUCACUUUUAGUGACUUUAAGAUGCCUUUAACCUCUCCAUUCCAUCUCAUCUCUAGAGUUUUCUAUCUUUGUGUAGUAUAUUAAUGCUAUUUUAAACAAAAGGACUACAAAUAUCUAAAAGUCACUUGGCAUUAUUUUCUUUUUUUUUUACUUGUGUGUGUAUAGGAUGACUUCCUUACAUUUAAGAGGCAUGUAAAAAGGAGCUCAGUAUAUUUCUGUCUGUUUAUAUCGCUUCCCUUUUUGUAUCCUUUGUAAUUGUACAUGUUGCGUUGUAUGCUAAGAGAGAGCGCAAAAUAAAGAGAGGAGAGACAGCUGGACACGCGGUGAAGGCGGCCUCCACUCUCUUCUCUGUCCCUGUAUGUAUUUCCAUUUAUUCUGUUUGUUUUUCUUUCUUUCUUAGCAAGUACUUUCAAAGAACUCUGUACAUUUUAACAUAAAAUGAAAAUAAAUUAUGUUGAGCCAUU